AUGGCUCGCGGGAAAUUGAUUGUGUUUGAGGGCUUGGACAGGUCGGGAAAGUCGACACAAUGUGAGAGGCUAGUGUCGUAUCUUUCCGGAAGGGGUGUGCCCGUCAAGCAUCGCCGGUUUCCUGAUAGAACAACACCGAUUGGCCAAAUGAUCAACAAUUACUUGCAAGGUCAGAGUGAGCAGGAAGACCAUGUCAUUCAUCUACUCUUUUCUGCGAACAGAUGGGAGGCGGUAGCGUCGAUCGAGGCAGACAUCAAAGCCGGAACCACCGUCAUAAUUGACAGGUACUACUAUUCUGGAUGCGUCUAUUCUGCGGCCAAGAACAACCCCAGUCUCGACCUUGCUUGGUGCCGCCAUCCUGAAGAAGGCCUUCCUCGUCCUGAUCUGUGCCUUUUCCUUGAUAUUUCCGCCGAGGACGCUGCAAGCAGAGGAGGUUGGGGUGAGGAGCGAUACGAGAAGAAGGAACUUCAAAAUCGCGUUCGCCAGCUCUUUGCCGACAUUCGGGCCACAGACGACGGAUCUGAUUUUGUUACCAUCGAUGCCGGCCAAAGUCUCGAGGACGUCGAAUAUGCGAUCCGACACCAUACUGAAACCUGCAUCAGCAAGAUUGAUGACACGAGCCCUCUACGGCGCAUCCAGCCAUGGUAG